AUGGAAGAAAAAAUUCAAACCCUGUGGGAAGAAGUGAGGGAGCUGAGCCUAGGCGUCACCCCCAUAGACCGCCUCCACGCGCCACCAACCCCACUCCAAUUCCUCCGCGACUACAUCUCCCCCAACAAACCCUGCAUCAUUUCCAACGCCAUCCACCACUGGCCAGCCACCACUUUAUGGCCCUCCACCUCCUACCUCCUCCACACACUUUCCUCCUCCGCCGUCUCUCUCCACCUCACCCCCAUUGGCCGUGCCGACUCCCUCACCCCCCACCCCACCACCCCCUCCUCCCUUUGCUUCGCUUCCGCCCAUGUCCAAUCUACACCUUUCGAUGAAGCUCUCAUGUUUAUACGUAAUUCAAAUCAACACUCGAAGUUCGUGGCUUACUUGCAGCAACAGAACGAUUGCUUCCGUUCUGAGUACUCUUCUUUGGCUGCUGAUUGUGAAUCAGACAUUCAUUGGGCUUCUGAGGCAAUUGGCUGUCUUCCUGAGGCUGUGAAUCUUUGGAUUGGAAACCAUUUGUCGGAGACUUCGUUUCAUAAGGACCAUUACGAGAAUAUCUACGCUGUGAUUACUGGGGAGAAGCAUUUUCUACUUCUUCCACCCACUGAUGUUCAUAGAAUGUACAUUAGAGACUACCCGGCUGCUCAUUACAUUUAUUCUCAGGAUACAGGAGAGUUUGCAUUGGAGCUUGACGAUCCAGUUAGGUAUGUGCCUUGGUGCAGUGUGAAUCCUUACCCUUCACCAGAGAAUAAAGAGAAAGAAGUGUCCAAGUUUCCUUUAUUUUUUGAAGGACCAAAGCCAUUCGAGGUUACAGUUAAUGCCGGGGAGAUCCUUUACCUGCCAAGUAUGUGGUUUCAUCAUGUCAGACAGACUCCAGACGGCAGUGGGCUCACUAUUGCUCUAAAUUAUUGGUAUGACAUGCCUUUUGAUAUUAAGUAUGCUUACUUCAACUUCUUGCAAUCAAUUCAUUACUCGUCACCACUCCAUACUCCAACACUGGAUGGAUUGAAACAUGAGGAAUCGUGUUCUUAUGCAUGUACAUGCAAUUCAAUGAAGGAAUUGAAUGCGAAGACAUAUCCAGCAAGUGAGGAUGCUACAGACGGCUUGAAUAACAGUAUGAGCUAG